AUGUUUCAUCAUGUUGGAAAAAUAAAAGAGUAUAUAUCUCCUCUUUUCAAAUCUGGAGAUCCUAGUGAUGUAAACAACUGCAGACCGAUUUCUAUCCUUCUGGUUGUCAUGAAAGUAAAGCUCCAUUCCACUUCUACUGCUGCAAUUGAUGUGUCAGAUUAUAUUUUAAAUGAAAUGGAUAAAGGCAAAUAUGUUGGUGCAGUUUUGAUAGAUUUUAAAAAGGCUUUUGAUACAGUGGACCAUAAAAUUCUUUUAAAAAAGUUAUACUGUUAUGGUUUUCAAGAUGGUUCUUUUGAUUGGUUGAAGUCUUACCUUUCUAAUAGACACCAAGUCACCUUGGUGAACAACACUAUGUCAUAUGUGAUACCAGAGGAGUCCUAUGGAGUCCAGCAUGCACAGACAUCAUUAUAUCAUACAAUGACAUUGAAUUAA